AUGGCUUCCCUCUGGAGCAUCUGCAAGCUCCUCUUCGCUCUCCUACAUCUCGCUUCUGCCCUGUCAUUUCGCCCCGCAACCGAUUCUCAAACCCAUCACCCGCAACCGGAAAUCAUCGAACGCGAUGUGGCGAUCAUCGGCGGCGGAUCCAGUGGAACAUAUUCAGCGAUCCGAUUGCAGCAGCAAGGCCACAGUGUCGCCUUGAUCGAGAAGGAGAAUCGGCUUGGCGGUCAUGUCAACACUUUCGUGGACCCGCCCACCGGAGGCACAUUCGACUACGGUGUCAUCAUCCUGGUCAACGUCUCGAUUGUGCGGGACUACUUUCAGUAUCUGGACACUCCGCUGGGAAAAUACACAGGAUUCGUUCCCGGGAUGAACACCCUCUAUGCUGAUUUCGCCGCUGGUGCCUCUGCCCCAGCUCCCAACGACACAUUGGCCGAGGCUGACGCGGUUCCACGAUACGCAAGACUUCUCCAGGAUCAAUACCCUUACCUCGCAAGUGGCUUUCAUAUUCCGAAGCCUGUGCCCGAAGAGUUGUUGAUACCUUAUGGAGAUUUUCUCGCACAACGCAAUCUCUCUGCCUUGGCCUACACCGCAUGGUACAUCGAUGAGGGUGUCGGCAAUGCUUUGGCACAGCCUGCGCUAUACAUGCUGAAGUACUACAACCUGUUGCAAGUCGAAGGAAUCAACUACGGCUUUGUGAACGCAGGCAACAACUAUCAAGGCCUAUGUAAGUUGACUCUCUCUCUCUUUCUCGCUGCAAGGAACCGUUUACUGAUCACAUGCAGAUGAUACCGCUCUGAGAAAACUUGGCAAUGCGACCAAUGCUUUUCUCAACAGCUGCAUCGAUCGAAUCACGCGGAGCACUCGUGGUGUCGAGGUUCAAUUUACGACACCGACCGGCAGAAAGAUUGUCCGAGCCAAGAAGCUUGUGAUGACCAUUCCUCCUCUUCUGUCUUCGCUCAAGCCGUUCUUCGACCUGACUCCGACCGAAACGUCACUGUUUGGACAGUACAACAGCAGCUACAUCUGGGACGCCAUCGUCAACAAUACCGGCAUCCCGGGAACCGUUGAGGUGCAGAAUCGAGAUCCAGAAGCACCAGAUGGCAUCCCAGCUCUGCCAGCUGCCUAUGCUUUCGUGCCCUCGCCUGUGGGCGGCGUCCAUGCUACCUGGUAUAGCUCGCCUCACUACCUUUCCGACGAGCAAGUCAAGACAGAUAUCCUGCAAUCCGUCGCUCAAAUCCAGAAGGCCCAGAAGUACUCUUCAGCUGCGACGCCUGAGAUCGUGGAAUUUCACAGCCACAACCCGUAUGAGCUGACUGUGAGCCUGGAUGCGAUCAAGGAGGGGUUCUACGAUAAGGUCAAUGCGCUGCAAGGACAGCUGAAUACUUAUUGGACUGGAGCUGCUUGGGAGUCGCACGAUUCCACGGCCAUUUGGAAUUUCACCGAGUACGAGAUUCUUCCGAAGCUGAUUCAGUCUCUGCACUGA